AUGAUUAUUUACUCGAAAGCAUUAUCAUCUUCACUGUUCACAACGAAGGUGAACAUGUUUUUGCGAAGAGUGGCGGUAGCAGUCAUCCCAUCCGUAAUGCGUGAAACGACGAUUUCACUGUUCUUUGCAGCGUGUCUUUCCGGGUUCAUCAAAUCAGUGACAUUCAAUCUGCAAAAAGAGUCUGUUUGCAAAAAUGAAGCACUCAAAAAAGUCGUAUUUGAGAAGUUCGUUGAAACGAACUUCGAACUUCUCGACUUGAAGAAGAUUCAAGUACUUCCUGGUGUACUCCUCCAAAAUGCUCAUUCUGCUCGAUGGAUUUCUCUCGGUCUUCUUGAUGGUGAAAAUGGUGUCCGUCUCGGUUCUCUCGAAUUUGAAGUCCUUUGCAGUUCUGAACAAGUCAAAGUCGGAGGAUGCCACCUGGAACUUGAACUUCUUGUGGUCCUCCCCAAAAUCGAGUUCGAUUCUCGGGGUGUCUUCCAAGAUCCACGUCAUUUUUUUGCAGUUGAUGCUGUUUUUGGUGUACUCAGGGGCAGCGCUUUGAUCACAUAA